AAUUGAAAUUGAUGAAAUCAACAAAAUCCAAUAUGCACAAAAUGGCCGAUGCUUCGAGAAAGGAGUGUCGUGAGUUUUACUGAGUGAUCAUCGGCUUAUCAUCAUUGAACAUCUGUGAAAGUUUUGGUGUUUUACUGCGGCGGGGUUGGCGUUCGCGUCUCGCCGUGUUACGCCGCUGCACGAGCCCUGGGGCUUUGCCCCUCCGCGUCAAGCCGCGCACGCGUUUGGAGCCCUAGCUCCAGUUAGAAAAGUCGGAGUACCCUAGAAUGUCGUCCCGACGUAACGGAUCGGUGUCCCGCGCUGCGGAAACCGCUUCUAAGAACAGACUACAUAUGGACAGGAAUCCACAGCAUGCCAAGAUCACUGAUCCAUCAAAUCCUGCUGGUCGCCGCAAGGAGAUUGACAAUGUCAUGAAGAGAGCCAGACAGGCCUCACCUGGCAGCUGGGAUAGAAAACUGUUGCAGGUGGAGGAAAAGGAUCCCAACAGAUGGCGACACACUGGAUACAAGCAGCUGUAUCUCGAUGGAGGUGGUUCACCCAGGUCUCCGAGGCGUUCUAGAUCACCAGUCGGUCGUCGGUCACGUUCACCGGUAACGCGCCGGUCAAGGUCACCGGUACGUCGCUCGCCUAUCCGCAGAUCACGGUCACCCAUUCGUCGGUCACGGUCGCCCGUACGCCGGUCGCCGCGGAAAUCGCGUUCACGGUCAAUACGCCGAAGCCCUAGGCGGUCUCCACGAAGAAGUCCUGUCAGACGCAGCAGCCCAGUGCGAAGUCCCCGUCGUCGGAGCCCCGUCCCAGCCAGGACCAAGCGGGCUAGGCCUCCACCUCCGCCCAGGAAUAGGCCGCCCAGCCCACCUGACCCCAGAAAGGUAUUAACUUCUUCUUCGGGGUCAUCAGCAAGCAGUUGCUCUGACGAAUCCUGUUCUGUUUGUUCAGCUAAGAACAAGAAGACUGCUCCACCCAAACCACCACCAGGUGUAAAGCCUCCAGUUCUCCCGUCACCAUCGAAGCGUCCAUCUGGUUCCAGUGGCGCAGUGGUGCUACCCACUCGAGAACUGCUCAAGGCGAGGGAGGCCAGCAAGCGAACUCGAGAGGAAAAGGUGUUGGAAUGGCAGCGCUCCCAGCUGGCAGUACGUCCGACCCCGCCCAUACCCCCGGCGCAAAUAAAAAGGGAAGGCGAGAGACGCCGAGAGAGGCCGGAGAGACCCGAACGCGGGGUUUCCCCGGCAGCCAUUGCCGCCGCCCUGGCUGAGAGCGAGUCUGACUCCGAAAGUGAUGCAAGUGCUUCCCCUCCGCCACAGAGGCUUACACUCUCCGAGCGUUUCGGCAAGAUGGCGCAAUGGUCGGCUGCGAGAUCAGCUCGAGUGGAAAACAUGAAUAUGAGAAUAACAAGACGCGAAGCAGGCCUCGAUGUCCACAUCGACCCGGCUCCAUCGAGGGAAGCCAGGCCCAGGUCUUUGAGUCCCGGGGAAAGACCUGAUGAUGAUGUACCUGGUUUGGAACCAGCUCCCAUAGGAAGUUACCCAGAAGAGUUGCUGGCUGUCGCUCCUGGUGGUCUACCCUCGUGGGAUGAUGUCAGGGUUAGAUACGACUACUACAAGAGGAGAGGAUAUCUUAGGGGUCUAUCUCUAGGUGAUUAUGUGAAGUGGGAGGAAUGGUGGUACAAAUACCAGGAGUGGUUGAAGCGCGAAAGGGCAUACGAGCGGUGGGCUGAUGGGGAAGCCAUGCCGGUGCGUCGCGACCGGCGUCGUCGCGGAGGCCGGCACCGGCGAAGCUGAGGGCGCGCCGCCCCCGCGGCGGUCCUGUGCGUGGACUUGGCUGCGGGGGCCGCACUCCGCUAAGGGUGCGACCGCUUCCACCGGACCGACCUGCAGAUGCACUUGGCAAGGAGAAAAAUCAAAAAUUGUGUUAGUGUAUAGUGUAGUGUCAAGUGUAUAGUGCAAGGAUAGUGUACAAACGGUUAACGGUGGUAUUAAGACAAUUAUUGUGACUAUAAUAGUCGUGGAUUCAAGUUGAUUUUAGAUAUUAUAAUUAAAUUAAUUAUUAUCAUUAAAAUCGUUUAAUUGUUAAUAAUUAAUUGCCAAUUCUAGGCCCACAGUUUUUUUAAAUAUCAAUUCACUUAUGAAUUCUUUAUAAGUUAAUAUCUAAAAUCAACUACUAGAGAAAGAUUAUUUAUUCAUAACUACUUAUAAAUCAAACAUUAACUAAUUUAUUCAUAAUAACUAAAACAUUGAUUUAAUUAGGCUGUUUAUGAAUAAUCUGAAGCAGUGAAUUAGUUAAAACAGUGAUUUAUUGAUUUAUUGGUAAAUUCUUAGAAUUAGAACAAAUGAUACAUUUUAUUAAACAAAUAUAUUCGUAAUAAUGUAAUAUAUUUAUUUCUGUAAAUUCUCUGUAUUAAUGCUUCCAUGGCUUAGUGGUUAACGCAAAUGGCGUUGGUAGGUUUGAUUCCCAGCAAAAUAUGUAUAUUGUUAAUCACCUCUACACAAAUAUAAAUAAUGAAAAUCAAGUUAUUUUUGUUUUCGUUAUCAAUAACCUACUAUUUUUUUUAAUUUAUUAUGAUUUAUACUACGUAUAUAGUGCUGAAGUGAAGAAAGUGAAAUGUUUAUUGUGAAAAUGAGGUACAAUACUCAAAAAUAAAAUUUCAUGAAGAAAAAUGAUUUAACUUUACAUUAAAAGUCUUUAUUAAAGCAGUAUACAAAAAUGUGUGUUUGUUUGUCAACAAAUCAUAAGGGGCCGUUCUCUUAGCAGAUUUACUGGGGGGUCCCUUCCAUAGUGAACGGCCCCUUAUAUGUAAGAUAUGGGAACCCAAGUAAAAAAAAAUUGUGACAGGGUUCCUAGCUCUUCCAUAACAAACUUGAUAGUAAAUUCCAUAAAAGAUAUACAUAAAAUUUCAUAUAUAUAUACAGUAGAAUCCGCAUAUAACGACAUCCAAGGGACUUGUAAUAUGUCGACUAACUAUGUCAAAAAAAUAUGUAUGUAUUAUUUUCCUAUUUAGGUAAAUAAAUCAUUUUGUAGGAUAUAAUAUAAUCACAUAUAUGUAUAUAUGAAAUUUUAAUCAGUUAAUUUUGAGCAAAAUUUAGGAACUAGUCAAAAAUCAUUUAAUCAGUUUUUAUUGAAAUUUGGAGCAAAUUUAUUCUCGGAACUCUUAAAAAUUUAUUUUUAAUACUCAUUGAAAUAGUUGUAAUGCAAUUUUUGUAUCGCCAUUUCAGUAUUGAGGGUAGAAUCAAAUUUGUAGGCGGUUCGACCAAAUGCUUGUAUUUGGUAGUUUUAUUAGUUGAAAAAUAUUUUUGUGUAUAUUUAUAUAGAAGAACUUGUGUAGGGCCCAAAUAGGUUGCUCUAUUUGAUAGGAAAUAUAUACAAUGCUAAUUUAAACAACAUUCUCUAUAGUUACUACUCGAUUAAGGGAGCGUUCAAGUAUUACGUAAUGAAUUUUGAGAGGAAGGGGGGGGAUGGCUAUGCGUUACGAUUAUUUUCGACUUUCCAGUACUUUACACCACAUAAUGGUAACUUUUAGGUAUAGUCACUGGGUGGUCACAAAACGAUAAAAUGCUGUACCCAUUAGUAAACUAUUGGGCGUAACGUUUUUCUGUACCCAAUAGUAUAAUAGUAAACUAUUGGGUACAGAAACGUAAAACGUUACGGCGCGUUACAUGGGGGGGAGGGGGGUUACUUGAACGCUCCCUAACUAUAAUAUAUUUGAGACCCUUGGAAAUUGAUGGCUCGUAGCAAUGGCUACUCAUAGUUAGCACUAAGCGAUUCUAUGGAUCUUGUAUUUUAAAUUGGAAAUAAUUAUUAGUUUUAAGUCUUAAAGUACAUGUUCGAUGUUAGAAUAAUCAUGUAUGUACGUUGUACAAUAAAGUAUUUAUAACUUUA